AUGGCGAGUGUCUUAUCUACCAACUGCUCAUGGUGUGAGCAACCGCUAAUCGGAUACCAACAAACGAAAAUUUGUGAAUGUCCUUGUUGUUGGUAUAAUAAUGGAACUGAAUGCAUAAGCAAAUGUAAUAUAUGUCCCGGCUGCGGUAUGCCGCUGGCUACCGAUGAUAAUUCACGUUUAUGCGGUUAUCAACAUAAACUUUGCUCGAAAUGUCCAUCUGGCAAUUGUAAUUUAUGUAAAUUUGUUCAGUUACGUUCUAUGGCUCAUAGUAACUUCGAAAGCUUACCAGCCGAUUGGCAUCCGAUUUUGAACGCAUGCUUUAUGUUGGAACAAAAGUUUGAAGAAUUACAACGAAUGAGUUCGGACCAUUGGGGACAACCGUCGGCUGGUGUGACAACCGAUGGUAAUGUAAAUUCUGCUGCACCGCAGACGAACGCGGCAACAGAUCCUUGUGUCAUAUGUAUGGAAGAUCGUAAUUCGACCAGUGUACUUUUACCUAUUUGCCAACAUACAUUCCAUCGAGCUUGUAUUGAACAAUGGUUUCAGUUGAGUGGUAAGCAAACGUGUCCAACAUGUGGGUAUCUUUAUGGCAUAAGUAAAGGCCCUCAGCCUGCUCUAGGUGAGAUGAGAGUCAAUUACUUGCCAACACCUUUGCCCGGAUUUACAAAUGAACAGUAUGGCAUAGGUGAAGCACCAACAAUUGAAAUAACGUAUACGAUACCAUCUGGCAUUCAAGGCCCAUUAAAUCCUCAUCCUGGCCAGCCAUUCACUGGAACAAAUCGCAAAGCUUAUCUACCCAAUACUCAAGAAGGAAAAUAUGUGUUAGAAUUAUUGCGACGAGCUUUCAACGAUCAACAUGUAUUUACUAUCGGUAAAUCAGUAACAACAGGAGCCGAUAACGUUGUCAUUUGGAACGAUAUUCAUCACAAGACAAAUAUUCUUGGUGGACCGGAAGGUUUUGGCUACCCUGAUCCUACGUAUCUCUUGCGAGUCCGUCAAGAACUUGCAGAAAAAGGUUAUAAAUAG